UGCAUUCACACACACUCUAUGAGAACAUUGUUUUCGGUUUCUGGUAGCUUGAUUCCACCAACGACGGUUAAAUAUGGAGAUGUCGUGCUGCCAUGCUCUAGCUGUCAUGUUGAUCUUGGCUGGAGGAUGGAACCUGUGUGCAGCCGAUGUUGGGGAUUUCACUCCAUGCCUACAGUUCUUUUUUAAAUCCUGGCCUCCUAAAGGUCUGUCUGGGACGCCGAUCUGCCAACGCUAUUACAACCAAUACCGCUUCGCCACACUGUACAGUCGACCACGCCGCUCCCCAUGGUUCUCAGGAUAUCUGUACUCCAUACCAGAAGGAAAGAGGCCCACCGCUUCAUGGAAGUUUGAACCACAGUUAGCAUACCCUGGAGCUGAUGGCAACAUGAUCCCAUUCCCUCCAGGCCCUCUGGACCAGAACGUGGUGGAAAGCCAGGCGGUAGAGUUGGACUACAUAAACUCCACUUUCUCUCGAGGCCAUCUGAACCCAAGCCUCCACCACGAGAGCCGUGAGGACCGCUAUGCCACCUUUACCCUCACAAAUGUGGUUCCCCAGAAGGCAGGCUCCAACGAUGGGCCUUGGGAAGCCCUGGAGCAGACCGUCAACAAAAGCCUUGGGGCCUACUGCCUGGGAGAAGCUUACAUAGUCACCGGGAUCAUCCCCUACCGCAACGACGAGCACUGGCUCAGGAAUCGUGUGGCUGUGCCGGAGUACAUCUGGUCGGCCUACUGCUGUCCAACAUACAACAGCAGCCUUCCAGAAGAACUGAAGGACACGUUUCCUACAUACGCCGCUAUUGGCCGAAACGACCGCAACAGCACAGAGGAGAUUGUGCCUGUUGACAAGACGGCUAAAAAGCAGUUCAGGGGGUAUGAUGUGAGACAAAUGUCUCUGGAAGCUCUGGAGACGUAUCUGACGGACAGGUUCAACACUGUAGUCAACGUCUUUUAUGAGCAGUGCUCCGGAUCACACUGAUGAAGACAUACAAGGAACUUUGUCUUGCAUCACCAGCUUAUGAUCAUCAAAAUACUACCGCAUCAUAUGUAAAAUAAUCACUACACCACUUGCUUAUCCACUACUCAGUUCAGACUGAAUGUAAACACAAACUUUCUUAGCUACUUUUUCCAAAAGCACUCAUUUUGUUUUUGCUCUUCCCCUGGUCUGCUUUGGCAUGGGUUUGCAAUCAUAUUCAGUUAUUGCUGCCAUGGUAGCUAUUAGCUCCAAUCCAGCCAUAGGAAAGUGGCAGUUUAAUCAGAACUGGACCACAUUUCUUUUUAAAACAAGCCAAGAGGUUGAGCACGACCAUCGGACUGUAUAGUGUGAGAAAAUAAAUUGUGCACAAUGGUCGUGCAUUGGAAGUGAUUGAGGUGUACAGUGAGAGCUCUAAAGAAAAUUAAUGAAUGCAUAAUUUGUCAGUGCAUUCUGAAUGUGAUGCUUUAUGAUAACAACAUGCAUGGUCUGAAGCCACAGUUGUCAAGUUUUAGGGACAUUAGGGCCUAAACUCUUAGGAGGACAAAUGUCAGGAAAUGGGUGACAAAAGCAAGCCCUUUUUGUCCUAAAGGUUCACUUUAAGUUAGUGUUUUAAGAAGCUAAAAGAUGACUCUUCUGUAAAGAGUCUUAGGCUGAAUCCCAAUUCUCCCCUUAAACCUCAAUCUUAACCCUCAGUCACAAAAUGCGUGUUCCCGCAAAGUGCGAGGGCUGUCCAAAUUCUCCUGAGAGUUGAGUUGAAGGGCGAGUUUGAGGGCUUUUUCUCCCUCAGUUUUGAGAUGUUCCUGGAUCUCCCUUGAUAUUGAGGAUUAUCACUCAAAAAAAGAUGGCGAUGACAGCGGGGAAGAAAUUGAGCUACAAAUGUAAAUUUCUUUGUUAAUAGAGAUCUAAAAAAUACAAAUACCACUCCAAUAUCUUAGUUCAAUGUUAUUUUAUUUUUACGAUUCUAAGCUGGUAACCGUGCUGUCACAGACAAGCCUAUGAGUUACAACUGGUGUCUUGCGUUAGCUAAUGGCCGUGUUAUACGGUGACUUUCAGCUGAAUAUGUCCAUGGUUGUGGUGUUUAUACAUGUUAUUUCGUUGAAUAUUAACACAUUGUCGCUCUUCUUCUUCUUCCUCUGAAUCGACAGACUACGCAAUUUCAGCACAUUACUGCCCUCUACAGUCUGAAAUCGUAACUGCUAUUAAGGGGUGUCCCAUUUCUAAGUCAGGAGAUGGCCCUUACAGUUGGUUUUGAGGGGCGAGUUAAAACUGAGGGUUGAGCUUGAGAAUAAGAUUAAGGGUUAAGGGGAGGAUUUGGAUUCAGCCCUAGACUCCUCCUAGAAUUGUUGCAUGGAACCUGACUGUUAGGCUGGGCAAUACGAUGCAUGGCUAUUAAAAAAAAAAAAAACAAGAAUAAUUUUUGUCUUUCUCUUUUAGUCUUUCCCCUUCUGCAUCAACACACCUCUGCAUUCAGGUCUACAGUGCAGCAGGUCUUC